AUGAGGUUAGCUGUGGUUGUGACCCUACUUGUUCACUGUUUCCUAGUGACAUGCUCUCCAGGAGAUAAUUUAGAUGAGUUUAUAGACUGUACGUAUGCGUGCGAGUAUAACAGAAGAUGUCCGAAUUCCCAAAUAAACUACAUUGACCCUGAAACCAACAUGUUUCAUGAUAUUGAGUUUUUCGAUACCCCGCCUUUGUACUCUAAGUUAUUGUUCUGGGAUUGUAUCUCAGAUUGUGAUUACCAAUGUCAGCACAUCAUUACGCGCUGGAGAAUUGACGAAGAGGAAGAAAUAUACCAAUUCCAUGGGAAAUGGCCAUUUUUGAGAGUAUUGGGGACUCAGGAAUUCUUCUCGACGAUAUUCAGUAUAGGUAACUUUAUUCCACAUUAUAAGGGAUUUGUAAAGUUUUCUAGAAUCAUACGCGAAGAGGGAGAUAGGAGGAGAAAAAACAGCAGAAGUAUACUGAUUUGGAACUACCUUUACGUUACUGUGGCGGGAAUGUUGGCUUGGACAGCAAGCUCGGUCUUUCACUGUCGUGAUUUGAUCAUAACGGAGAAGCUAGAUUACUUUUUCGCAGGUUUAACUGUCCUAACAGGGUUUCAUGCAAUAUUUGCAAGAAUGACUUCCAUGUUCCUGUACCCCAAGAUAGCACAAGCGUUCACUGCGUCAGUUGCGGCAAUCUUUGCCCUGCACAUCUUGAGACUCUAUGUUGACUGGUCGUACACAUACAACAUGAGAUUCAACAUUUUUUUCGGUGUUUUACAGUAUAUUUUAUUGAUAAUGUUAUCAUGCCAAAACUACCAUGCUCUGCAAAAGCAAAAGCUAAUGGGCGAAUUCAAGAAAACCGCGUACUCCAGCUUCAAGCGGCAAAUCUUCAAACUGUGUGUCAUUCCAAUUCUUCUUGUGAUUGUAACCACAAUGGCCAUGUCAUUGGAACUGUUUGACUUUUUUAGUUACGAAUGGCAGAUUGAUGCCCAUGCGCUAUGGCAUCUGUGCACAAUAUGGCCCUCGUGGGUAUUGUACGACUUUUUCCUCGAGGAUUAUGCCUAUUGGGGUAAUAGACAAUUGUACUAA